GGACGGUUACCUCGGCAGAGUUCUGGAAAAAUCGAGAAUGCCAUCGAGGAACACGAGCUGCGGCCGCCGCCGCCCUGUUGCCCUUCCGGCUUCCCAACCCUAGACUUCCGGCGAGCUCCGGAACUUGCUCCCACGACGGCCAACCCCCGAUCCACGAGCCCACGACGAGCGCGAUGCCCGCCGGGGGAGGAGAAGCAAGCAAUGGCCGCGCGGGGAAGGAGCAGAGCCACCCGCCGGCGAUCCGCCGCCGCGACGAGUCCCGUCCUGCGCCGCCGUUCCCCGCCGUAGCUUCGCAGGAGAAGAGGAAGCAGAGGAAGCAGAGGCAACCGGCGGCGGCGGAGGCGAGCGUCUCCUCCGAGGGCCCCCUCGCCGAGAUCCUGGCGCGGCUGCCCUACCGGUCGCUCUGCCGCUUCCAGUGCGUCUCCAAGCAGUGGGCCGAGCUCUGCUCCGACCUCAUCAGAAGCAUCAAGACGGCGCCGCAGACCCUCUCCGGAUUCUUCCACAACAACUUGGCCGGGAACCUCUGCUUCAGCAAUUUGUCCGGCGGACGCCCGCUGGUCGACGCUUCGCUCCCGUUCCUGCGUGAGAGCUACCAAAGAUUCAAGCUCCAGCAAUGCUCCACCAGCCUCCUCCUCUGCAAGUGCUGGGAAUCGGAAGACGACGACGAAUUCGACUUUGUCGUGUGCAACCCAAUGACCGAGCAGUGGGCCGUGCUGCCUCCUAUAAAAUGGCAACCGGGCGAAGACGAUGAAGGCACCGAAUGUUUCGACCUGAUGUAUCCCUUCCUGGUUUUCGAUCCGGCCGCUCCGUCUCGUUUCGUGGUGUUUGCGCCCCUCAUGGAGUCGGUCGACAUCGUGGCGGUAUACUCUCAUGAGACCGGACAAUGGGCUCCGAGCAGUGGGUGGGAAGACAUAGCGUAUCCCGCCGUCAAUCCGGAAUGCGCCGUCCUCCUCAAUGGCAUGAUGCAUUUUCUUCAUUUGACGGUCGACGAGCCUUUGAUAGCCGUGCUGGAUAUGGAGGGGGAGGUUUCUCGGGAAAUUGCUGUCCCAGAUGACAUGCUAGGAGCCAUACCCGGUUAUGGUUCGGUGGGGUGCUCUCAGGGACUCUUGCAUGCUUGGUAUAUGGAUCCCCAUGAUUACGAACUCUCUGUGUGGGUGCUCAAGGAUUAUGCUACCGAAGAGUGGACCCUAAAGCACACCGUCGACGUUCCGCCGCUCUUUGGAGAAACGGAAUCCGAUGAAGAAGAGGAUUAUCGUCGCCAAGAGGAUGGGGCCCAUAAGUAUGAUGUGUUUGCAAUUCAUCCGGAGCAUAAUGUUAUCUUCCUUACUGACUGGAAGGAGGUAAAUCUGUCGUACGAUAUGGACAGCAGGCAAGUGCAUCCCAUGUGCACCACUGGAGAUUUCCUCGGUGGUCUACCUUUUAUUCCCUGCUUUGCGGAUUUGGCUCGACCUUUGCAAAAAUCACUCUUCUAGUUGGUUCCAUGGCACUGGUUUGGAUAUGGCCUCCUAGCAUUCCAAAUUAUAUAUGCUCUCCAGAUGUUUUGUGGCGUUGAACAAUGUUGGUCGCCGGUAGAGAUUUUGUAAGCGAUAACCGAUCCAGUGGGUAAUGCUUGCUUAGUUGUAUGAAUGACUUGGUCACCUAAAUUUAUUUGCGUUUAUGUAGUACUGAUUAAUGUGGUAACUUGUUAUCUGUUCGCGUCGGCUGAAUGUGAGCUUCAAUUAUCACUGUUUAGAAUUA